AUGGCGGGAAAAGGAGGGAAGGGGCUUGUGGCUGGAAAAACCACGAAAGCGAACAAGGACAAAGACAAGGAUAAUAAGAAAAGGCCUGUGUCUCGUUCAUCCCGUGCUGGGAUCCAGUUUCCUGUGGGUCGGAUUCACAGGCAGUUGAAACAAAGGAUUCAAGCUAAUGGGCGUGUUGGGGCAACUGCUGCUGUUUACUUGGCGUCCAUUAUGGAGUAUCUAACUGCAGAGGUUCUGGAAUUGGCUGGAAAUGCAAGCAAAGAUCUCAAGGUGAAAAGGAUCACACCAAGGCAUUUGCAACUCGCUAUUAGGGGGGAUGAAGAGUUGGACACCUUGAUCAAAGGGACCAUUGCAGGUGGUGGUGUCAUCCCUCACAUUCACAAGUCCUUGAUCAACAAAACUUCCAAAGAAUGAAUGACCCCU